CUCCCAGCACAGGGCCAGACCCCAGCCCCAUCACUGGCGAAGACAGACGACUUCUGGCGUCUUCUCUCCCAGCUCCCACUUCCUCAAUAGGAUCAAAGGCUCAGAGGGGCGGUCACAGCUGGGCCCAGCGGGACCUCCUCACUUGGGGGGGUCCCUCCACAGACCCUGCUGCUCUGACCGGAAGUCCCCAGAGGAGCGUGCGUGCCCACAAGGACCCCUCUGCCCCAGCUGUGUAGCCCCAGCCAGAUGUGGCGGGUGGCCGCUCAGAGGCAUGCCCCCCACCCGGCCACACUGCCCCCAGCUCCUGCUGCUGCUGCUGGCCUGCCAGCCUUGGGCCCCUUCUGCCCAGGUGAUGGACUUCCUGUUCGAGAAGUGGAAGCUCUACGGUGACCAGUGUCUCUACAACCUGAGCCUGCUGCCCCCCCCCACUGAGCUAGUCUGUAAUCGAACCUUCGACAAGUACUCCUGUUGGCCGGACACCCCUCCCAACACCACGGCCAACAUGUCCUGCCCCUGGUACUUGCCCUGGCACCACAAAGUGCAGCACCGCCUUGUCUUCAAGAAGUGUGGGCCUGAUGGGCAGUGGGUGCGCGGGCCCCGCGGGCAGUCGUGGCGCGACGCUUCUCAGUGCCAGAUGGACGAGAAGGAGAUCGAGGUCCAGAAGGAGGCGGCCAAGAUGUACAGCGGCUUCCAGGUGAUGUACACAGUGGGGUACUCUCUGUCCCUGGGGGCCCUGCUCCUGGCCCUCGCUAUCCUGCUGGGCCUCAGCAAGCUGCAUUGCACGCGAAACUACAUCCACGUGAACCUGUUCGCGUCCUUUGUGCUCAAGGCCGGCUCCGUGCUGGUCAUCGACACGCUGCUCAGGACGCGCUACAGCCAGAAGAUCGGUGACGACCUCAGCGUGAGCAUCUGGCUGAGUGACGGGGCCGUGGCCGGCUGCCGGGUGGCUGCCGUGUUCAUGCAGUACGGCGUCGUGGCCAACUACUGCUGGCUGCUGGUGGAGGGUGUGUACCUGCACGGCCUGCUGGGCCUCGCCGCCUUCCCAGAGAGGAGCUUCUUCGUCCUCUACCUGGGCAUCGGCUGGGGCGCCCCCAUGCUCUUUGUCAUCCCCUGGGCCGUGGUCAAGUGUCUGUUUGAGAACAUCCAGUGCUGGACCAGCAACAACAACAUGGGUUUCUGGUGGAUCCUGCGCUUCCCUGUCUUCCUGGCGAUCCUGAUCAACUUCUUCAUCUUCAUCCGCGUCCUUCUCAUCCUCAUGGCCAAGCUGCAAGCCCGCCAGAUGCGCUACACCGACUACAAGUUCCGGCUGGCGAAGUCCACACUGACCCUCAUCCCCCUGCUGGGGGUCCACGAAGUGGUGUUCGCCUUCGUGACAGACGAGCAUGCCCAAGGGACCCUGCGCUCUGCCAAGCUCUUCUUCGACCUCUUCCUCAGCUCCUUCCAGGGCCUGCUAGUGGCUGUUCUCUACUGUUUCCUCAAUAAGGAGGUGCAGUCGGAGCUGCGACGGUGCUGGCAUCGCUGGCGCGCGGGGGCCUCACUGCGGGAGCGACGCCCCGUCAGCGGCCCCCCCGGCGGCCCCCCCGGCGAGAAGCCGCUCCUGUGCGGGGGCGGCGGCAGCAACGGGGCCGCGCGGGGCCCCUCCGCACACCCCAACCUGGUCGGCAGCCUCCCCGCGUUGGCCGAGAACCCCUUCUAA